AUGACGCACAAGCUCGGUCAAAGUAAAGACGUAUCGGAGAAGACAUUCGACUUUAUAGUCACUGCCGGACUUUGCGUCGCGAACAGGUUGAGUGAGGCGUCUCAUGUAUCUGUACUGGUACUCGAGGCAGGAAGAGCGCACAUCAACGAUGAUGCUAUAUUAAAUCCAAUUGGAUGGGUCAAGCAAUUCCUCAAUGACGAGUACGACUGGAAAUUCCCCACUGUACCUCAGCCCACUCUUGACAAUGCAAGCUUGAUCUGGAGCAGAGGGAAAGGUCUUGGAGGUAGUUCUGCAAUGAACUUGCUCAUCUGGACGAGGCCUCAACGACAGGAUAUUGAUGCUGUCGAGAAAGUGGGAAAUCCCGGCUGGAACUGGGAGAAUUUUUAUAAAUUCUCAAAGAAAUCUGAAAGGUUCUCUCCGCCCGUCAACCCAUCAUCUCGUGGAUAUCAAGACUUGUAUAAUGCAAACUCUGUGGGGCUCGAAGGUAUAUCAAUGUCCUUUAUCAUAUCUGAAGCGGCUAACGACCCUCAGGUCCUAUCCCAAUCUCUUUCGCCCGAUCUCACUCCGGGGCUGAAUUUCCACUCCAGAAGAAUCACUCUGGGGACCUACAAAGCUGUCUCCGACAUCAACGCAGAGACAGGCGCUCGCAGCUACUCUGGAGCAGCUUACCUGUUGCCAGCCCUAGACCGUCCAAAUUUGACAGUCGUCUCCGAGGCCAGUGUCACACGUGUGAUUACAGAGCAGCAGGGCAACGAGCUUGUUGCGACCGGUGUCGAAUUUUCACACGGUGAGACUAUUUACAAGGUGUAUGCUGCCAAGGAUGUCAUACUAUCUGCUGGGACCAUCAAGUCCCCCCAGAUUCUUGAGCUCAGUGGGAUCGGCGACAGAGCUAUCUUGCAACCAUUGGGUAUACCUGUCCGGAAGCAUCUCCCCACCGUCGGGGCUAACCUCCAAGACCACCUCAUCUGCACGGGCAUGAGUUUCGACAUGCGUGAAGAUGCUAACAUCGUGACUAGCGAUCUCAUCCUUGACCCUAAACACGAAUCAAGGCUACGCGCCGAGUUCCCGGAUGUCAAGGGCCCUCUGUCGGUCUGCUUGACUGGCGUCACAUUUCUUCCACUGCAGACGUUCUCUACCCGCUCUCAGGAGAUCAUUGAGAAGAUGGCCACUCGCAUUGCGCGAGAUGCUGCCAAGUAUCCUCCCGGGCUGAAAGAGCAGUAUGAAGUGCAGAUGCAGAUUCUCAAGGAUUCUCAGGUCCCUGACAUUGAGAUCGUCGUCUUCCCUGCUUCACCGGAGAUCUUUUCUGACAAAUCACAAGAUGACUCCAACAAACCGUUCAUGCUGCUCAUGCCAUCUAUCGGACAUCCCUUCUCCCGUGGGACCAUUCACAUUAAAUCUGCUGAUCCAAAGGAGCCUCCUGUCAUCGACCCGCACUACUUCGAAGAAGACGUAGACUUCGACAUUUUGGUCGACGGAUGGAAAUUUACAAGGGAGGUGGCAGCCACUGGUCCAUUCAAGGACAUCACGGUCGCCGAGUCAAUCCCCGGGCCGAGCGUGCAAACGGAUGAGGAGAUUAAAGCGCACAUCAAGAAGAACUUAUCAACGACUUGGCACGCAUGCGGUAGCGUGUCAAUGCUCCCGCAGGACAAGGGCGGCGUCGUAGACACUCAUCUGAAGGUAUACGGAACGAAGAAUUUGCGGGUCAUAGACUUAUCCAUCCUCCCUCUACUUGUUGCUGUACAUACACAAGGUGAGUGUAUCACGUAA